UACUACUGCAGCGACAAUGGCCAUUCUUAAAGCUACACCAAGGAACUCUCCUGUUUUUCUGUUCAAAGCUACAGAACACAUAACCUCCUCUGCUGAUCCGGUGAGGCUCCUGAAAUUUGCUACUGAUACUAAAAACUUUAAGCUCGGAAAAAUAAUCCAUGCCCAUUUCGUCGUUGUUCCGAACAACGCAUUAGAUAACGGUAGUGGUGUAGUUCACACGAAUUUUCUGAUCAAUUUCUACGCUAAAUGUGGUCAAAUUCAGAUUGCUCGCCAGCUGUUCGAUUGUAUGCGUGUGAGAAAUGUGGUUUCUUGGAGUGCAUUAAUGGCUGGUUACUUGCAUAAUGGACGUGACUUCGAAGUUCUUGGCUUGUUCAAAAGUAUGUUUUCUCUGGAUCAUAUAUGUCGGCCUAAUGAAUUUGUAAUGACCACUGUUCUUUCUUCCUGCACUAAUGGUGGGAAAGUCCACGAAGGCAAGCAGUGUCAUGGUUAUGUUUUAAAGUCUGGGUUGAUUUUUCAUCAGCAUGUGAAGAAUUCCCUUGUUCACAUGUACUCAAGGCUUUCGGAUAUGGAAGGGGCUAUAAGAGUUUUCAAUACAGUACCAACUAAUGAUAUUUUUUCUUAUAAUUCAUUAUUACAUGGGCUACUAGAACUUGGUCAUCUAAAGGAAGCAAUACAAGUUUUAAGUAGGAUGGUGGGUGAGUGUCUGAAAUGGGACAGUGCUACUUAUGUUACUGUUUUUGGCCUUUGUUCUAGUCUUGGAACUUUGAGAUUAGGUCUAGAAGUUCAUUGCCAAAUGUUGAAGGCUGACAUUGAGCAUGAUGCCUUUGUUAACUGUGCGAUCAUGGAUAUGUAUGGGAAAUGUGGCAAGCUCAUUAAUGCAGUGAAUAUUUUUCAACGCUUGUUAACUCGUAAUGUUGUCUCCUGGACAACAAUCAUGGCUGCUUAUUUUCAAAAUGGGUACUUUGAGGAAGCUUUGAACCAUUUUGUAAACAUGAAAACAAAAGAUAUUGCACCAAAUGAGUACACAUUUGCUGUGUUGUUGAACUCAAGUGCAUCUUUGUCAGCACUGAAACAUGGAGCUCUGUUACAUGCCUGUGCUGAGAAGUCAGGUUUUAAAGAUCAUAUCAUUGUUGGAAAUGCACUGAUCAAUAUGUAUGCCAAGAGUGGCCACAUAGAAGCAGCGAAUGAAGUAUUCUUAGACAUGACUUUUAGAAACUCUGUUACCUGGAAUGCUAUGAUAUCUGGGUAUUCCCAUCAUGGGCUUGGUAAGGAAGCUCUAAAUGUGUUUCGAGAUAUGAUGACUGCUGGAGACUAUCCUAACUACGUAACGUUUGUUGCUGUACUUUCUGCUUGUGCUCAUUUGGGUCUGGUUCAACAAGGGUUCUAUUAUUUGAACCAACUGAUGAAACAACUUGGCAUUGAACCUGGAGUUGAGCACUAUACCUGCAUUGUUGGGCUUUUGAGCAGGGCUGGAAUGCUUGAUGAAGCUGAGAAUUAUAUGAGAUCUGUAUCAACCAAAUGGGAUGUAGUUGCCUGGCGCACUUUACUGAAUGCUUGUUAUGUGCAUAGAAAUUAUGGCUUAGGCAAGCGAGUUGCAGAGAUUGUUGUAAAGAUGGAUCCUGAUGAUGUAGGAACUUAUCUACUGUUAUCAAAUAUGUAUGCCAAAGCAAGCAGGUGGGAUGGAGUUGUGAUGAUUCGAAAACUCAUGAGGGGAAGAAACAUUAAGAAAGAACCUGGAGUGAGUUGGGUGGAGAUAAAAAAUACUACCCAUGUCUUUGUUUCAGAGGAUAAAUUGCACCCAGAAUCUAGACAGAUUUAUGAAAAGGUAGGGGAGUUGUUGAACAAAAUCAAACAACUGGGGUAUGUACCGGAUGUUGCUGCAGUGUUGCAUGAUGUAGAGGAUGAGCAGAAAGAAGAGUAUCUUAGCUAUCACAGUGAGAAGUUGGCGAUAGCAUAUGGCCUAAUGAAAACACCUUCUGAAGCGCCUCUCCGUAUUAUUAAGAACCUCCGAAUGUGUGAUGAUUGCCACUCUGCUGUGAAACUCAUUUCAAAACUCACAAACAGGAUAAUAAUUGUUAGAGAUGCCAAUCGUUUCCAUCACUUUCAAAACGGAUGUUGUUCUUGUGCAGACUACUGGUGAAAGGUAAUUUAAACGAGCUAAAGCAGCAAAACUAUACAUCAUGUAUCAGCACAAAUGACACCUGAGCAUACUCCUGAAAGUGAACGCAUCAGACUCUUGACUAUCUUCUGUGUGUUAUCUUUGUAGUUUGACCACCAUCCAUUUAUAAAAUUCUUCUUUCAAAUCUUGAUACUUAAGCAGGCUUUAUUCGAGUCACCCUAUCGCGUUUACUACUGCCUUGUGGCAACUUCAAGAGGAUUGUGGAAUGCUUUUCUGAAUUCGAUUAAACCAAAUUCAGAUCAACAUUAGAUCACUUUAUGAACUGAUGAUCAACAUUUAUGCUCUGGGAGGUGUUUUCCUCUUUUUAAAUGCUCAUAUGUUCCCCCAUUAUUCUUUGGAUGACUCACCCAACGCUGGUGGAAGAUUAGCAUUUGGUAAGAGAAUUGUCUCACCUUUUCUAUUUCUUGUUUUUCUUUUCCUCAUUUAUUUAUGUUUACCAGCUUUUGAACUAUGGUUUACAUAUGUUUAUUGAUAUUAAUAUUGUAGAUUAAUUAUAUAAUAUAUUUAGGUGAAAAGCAUGUCUUGCUCUAGUAGCUACUGCAGAUGAUAUUAUUAGUGAACAAGUAAAACCAAAUAUGAAUAAAUUUAAUAGGUAACAUAUGACAUACAAAGUACAAACGGUUGCGCCAUCUAGGAAUUUCAUUUAAAAAAAAAAUCACCCUUUUUUUUGACUAAUAAUGCCUUCUAUGAUGAAAUUAGCGAAAAAAGUUUUACUUAGAACAGUGUAUGACUAAUAUAUGCUUUUACAGGGAAUUUUAUUUGUAAUAUUUUUGGGAUGUAGUUGAGAAUGAGUUUACUAGACUGAAAAGUGAGAACUCACACAUCCAUCUUCCCUCUUCCACAUUUAUUCUCCAACUUUUGCAUUUUGGUUGAUGUUUUAGAACUUGCUUUCUAAUAUAGGACAUGAGACAUUUUUGUUGUUUAUUCUGUGAUGUGCUCCAUUUAAUUUUGAAUUAGGAUUAGAUUUCUGAUCACUGCUUUGCUGCACGAAACUUAGUUUUAGCUGUAUUAUACAACUCAACAUAUGUAAAUCUCGUUUUUCUGUAAAAUUGUACCUUAAGAAGCAGAACGUUUGUUAUUAAUUUUGUGGCUUCGUGAAAUAAUUCAUCAGUAUUUCUUAUUCCUUUGUUUUAAACAGGCAGUUUCAUUGAUGAAUUCAUUUGAAAAUCUUUAUUACACUUUUCAACAAGCCUACUCAUUUGCUAUUUUUGCAUCGAAGUAGGAUUUAAACAUUGGUGGGCGUUUCAUAUUCUGGUGAGAAUCAGCAUAAGAUCGUUCCGUUUAUGCAAGAUUUAACAGAUUGGUAAAUCGUGACGUGGUUUUCAUUGAUUGGCAUGGCGGCAAAGAAGUCCUUCCAAAACACAUUGAGGAUAAUGUUGCCUAUCUUAUGUACUGUUAUUAAUGCCACUUCUUACUUGUAUGCAAUCACUUGAAGAUGUAUGCAUGAAUUCUUGCAAACUAUAAGGACUGUUGUCCCUAUCUAACUCCAACUGUAUAUACUCAAAUCCCUCUUGAAUACAAAAAUCUUGCAAUCAAACAAAGCUUUUCCUAUGUAAACUUGUCACUUUCAACCAUCUUUCUUCUUCUUUUUUUUUUUCGAGAAAUUUUCUUUUGUGUGUAGUCAAAGCUGGCUUAAGCGGUAAAUUCAAUUUUAAAAAAAAAAAUACUUCAUAGAUUCUAAAAUAAGCAAAAUUUUUAGAAUUAUGUGUA